AGAAAUCCAACCUACACUAGACAAGGAAAUUGAAUUGGAUUUAAAAGAUUUGAGCAAUUCUAUUGAUUAAUAUUGCAAUUUAGGUAAGUUAGAAUAUAUAUAUGUAGUCAUAAAUAUAUAGUCAUAUUACUGUUACUAAGUGAAUUAGUUGGCCACGUCAGCUAUAGGGGUUUUCAUAGAAAUGUGUUUCGGUUUAGCUGUAUUGUCAUCAAAUAUUUCCGUGCAUGCUGCAAGAAACCUGAUAAGCUCUGCUUUUGAAAAGGCAUAGAUUAAAUUUAGAAUAAUCCGCGCCAGGAAUAAUGUCUAAUAGAAUUCCCAAGCAUGCAAAUGUCACGACUAGUUUUAACAAGUUGUCAAACUCUCAAUGACUCAAAAGUUUAAAAGGUCAUAAUUAUAGUAAAAUAUUUAUAUGGAAGACGCAUUAAUGCUUAUAUUUUUAGCACGCGGUUUUUUAUCGUUUACAAACGUAUCCCGUUUUGGUAGCCUUGCUCCUUUGGAGGGCGUACGUGGUUUGAAAUUGGAAAAAACAGUUUAGAAAUAUAUAUAGCUAUGUAUUUAUAACAAGGAAUUAUUGCACAUGGAGACAGUGUAAAAUUAUUUAAUACUCAAAGUGAUUCCUUUGCGGAAAAUUUACAGAUAUUAUAUAUCAGCGAUAGACUAUGUCUUCUAGCCUUUGUCAGUUUGUGUCCGACUACUUGAACAAGACUAAAAGGUGUGCGAUGUUUUGAAUGACAGCUAUAUAACGUAACUCUUCUUCAGAAGAUUACAAGUGACUGCCAGAGGGUAACUGCUCGACCGAACUUCGAAGUGUUUACAAUUUUUUUACCGCGUGUUCAGACACAAACCAUGGUAGCUUAUUGUGGAAUACUAAUACCUACACUCGACCGCCAUGUUUGAGAUUUGACAAUGUCAAUCAAUAUUACAGAAGGACAUUCGAUAUUUGCCAGUGUACGACUGUACGUGUAACUAUCGUUCAUGUGUACAAAACGUGCCAGCCUGCCAGGGGUUAACCUUUAUUAAAAAAGGCCCUUUGCACUAUACUAGCGAAACUUGAGAACUAAAAUUUUAGUUCUCAAGUUUCACUAUAGUGUAGUGCAAAGCGCCUAAAAGAGGACAGGUUUAAUGAAGGUAUAGGAAGUUGAAUUGAAAUUCACAGCGCACUAUCACAUUGAGCAAAAUUAAAAGCAAGUUCUUUGUACAAUUAUUAGAGCAUUUGCUUCUCAUUUCAGAAAUAGGGAUUCGCAGUUCUUAGUUUAGUAUAUGAUUAUAUUUUCUCCUCAAUUGUAUGCGAGUGCUUCCAGUUGGACUUAGUACCAAACACCGACAUGUUUUCUGCGCGUGUAUUCCUGUUUCCCCCUGCCUGUAGUAACACUGGAUCAAUAAGAGAUGAUCUUUACUGGACCUCUAGGAAGAACAGUUUAGAACUGAUAGAGCUAUCCAGUACAAAUAAAGUUAGUUUAGUUCAGGUUUCCUCCUGUAGUAACACUGGAUCAAUAAGAGAUGAUCCUUACUGGACCUCUAGGAAGAACAGUUUAGAACUGAUAGAGCUAUCCAGUACAAAUAAAGUUAGUUUAGUUCAGGUUUCCUCCUGUAGUAACACUGGAUCAAUAAGAGAUGAUCCUUACUGGACCACUAGGAAGAACAAUUUACAAUUGAUAGAGCUAUCCAGUAUAAAUAAAAUUAGUUUAGUUUAGGUUUCCUCCUGUAGUAACACUGGAUCAAUACGAGAUGAUCCUUACUGGACCUCUAGGAAGAACAAUUUAGAACUGAUAGAGCUAUCCAGUAUAAAUAAAGUUAGUCUAGUUUAGGUUUCCUCCUGUAGUAACACUGGAUCAAUAAGAGAUGAUGCUUGCUGUAUCUUUAAGGAGAACAGUCUAGAACCGAUAGAGCUAUCCAGAAUAAAUAAAGUUAGUUUGGUUUAGGUUUCCUCCUUACUGGACCUCUAUAGGGAGAACAGUUUAGAACUAAUAGAGCUAUCCAGUAUAAUAAAACACGAAACGAUAGACACACUGAAAAUUGUAAACAUUUUCAUUCUUUACAUUUCGACUAUUAAUUUAAGUCAUCUUCAGACGAAUGCCACGUUUACAAAGCCCACAUUUUUUUUAUUCAAUAUAAAUAAAGUUAGUUUAGUUUAGGCUCCCUCCUCAUGUGGUAACACUGGAUCAAUAAUAGAUGAUCCUUGUUUGACCUCUGCUGAUCUAGGGAAAACAGUUUAGAGCUGAUAGCAUUUCCUCCUGUAGCAACACUGGAUCAAUAAGAGAUGAUCCUUACUGGACCUCUAGGAAGAACAGUUUUAAGAACUGAUAGAGCUAUCCAGUAUAAAUAAAGUUAGUUUAGUUUAGGUUUCCUCCUGUAGUAACACUGGAUCAAUAAGAAGUGAUCCUUAGUAUUCCUUACUGGACCUCUAAGAAAAACAGUAUAAAUAAGUUAGUUUAGUUUAGGUUUCCUCCUGUAGUAACACUGCAUCAAUAAGAGAUGAUCCUUACUGGACCUCUAGGGAGAACAGUUUAGAACUGAUAUAGUUAUCCAGUAUAAAUAAAGUUAGUUUAGUUUACGUUUCUUCCUGCAUAGUAAUACUGGACAAAUAAGAGAUGAUCCUUAAUGGAUCUCUAGGGUUCUAGUUUAGAACUGAUAGAGUUAUCCAGUAUAAAUAAAGUUAGUUUAGUUUAGGUUUCCUCCUAUAAUAACACUGGACCAAUAAGAGAUGAUCCUUACUGGAACUCAAGGGAGAACAAUUUAGAACAGAUAGAGCUAUCCAAUAUAAAUAAAGUUAGUUUAGUUUAGGAUUUUUCCUCCUCUAGUAACACUGGAUCAAUAAGGGAUGACACUUACUGGACUUCAAAGGAGGGCAGUUUAGAGAACUCAUAUAUAGCAUUCAAAUAUGAAUAAAGUAAGUUUAGUUUAGGCAUCCUCCCUUAGUAACACUCAGAGCAAUGGACUUCUAUGGAGAACAUUUUGGAGAGUUAUAUAAAGAUGGCAUUUACUGGACCUCCAGGGAGAGCAGUUUAGAGAAGUGAUAUAGAGCUAUCCAGCAUAAAUAAAGUUUGGUUAAAGUUUCCCACGUUGUAACACUGGACGAAAAGAGAAUAUAUAGGCCUUACUGCACUUCUAUGGAGAACAGUUUAUAGAAAAGCUAGCCAUUAUAUUAUAAAGAAUGCAUAGCACUUACUGCAUCAUGGAUUCCGGCCAGGAAGAACAGUUUAGAGAAGACAUAUUUGAAAUAUAAAUAAAGUUUUACGUUUGACUAUUUUAGAGUGACAUGGGACUUUUCAAUUAUUAAGUCAGGGGGUAACAUUGCUUUAAGUAAUGCCCAAUAUAUUUUACUGAAGCACCUUUUACGAAAUUGUCCUCAAUAUACACACGAUGAUAUUAAACGGACAUGCAAAAGUGCACGAUUUUUUUAAACAUUUUUAAACCUAUAUCAGAGGAACUAGUCACGUACGGGCGAACCCCCAAAUGGCAUCAAGUUUCCUAUUUCUCCAAAUUGCUUUCCUGUAAUUAUAAUUUAUGUAAGUCAUCAUGAAUUAUAUAUUGUUGAAGAGACUUGGACCAAUUAUGCAAUCAUUGGGGUGUUUAAGAUAUACAGAUCAGAAGCCAGUGUACAAGCGAAUGGUUUAAACAAAAUACCAUUUAAUGAAUUUGCCUGCUUUAAAGCAUCGUACGAAUUUGCCUGCUUCUAAGAAUAUCGUGCGAAUUUCAGCUACUUUUGAAACCGGUUAAACAGGAUUUUGCAAUACCCGGCUGAUGUAGCUAUGUUUGGAGGACCGCGGUAUGAAUAAUAAUGGUUGUAUAUGUAAUUCUUGAAUAUGUGUAUUUUGAGGUCGUUAAAUGAACUAUUAAAGCUUAAAUUCCUUGAAUAUGCAUGCUUGCAUGCAAGGCGAGAGAUAGCUAUAAUUAUUUCGUGCAUGAAAGGUGAAAAGCCCACGUAUUGAUUUGGCAAACGUGUUCGACCCACAACUGAUGACGAACAUUGCCAACAUAUACGUGAUAUUUCCACAAAAAAGUCAAAACAUUUAGAUAAUUAGCUUAUAUUUGACGUCUAUAACUUGCAUGAGACUUUUAGCCAGAUAUUUAUUUUGUGACUGGAUGAUAAAUUGGAUCGCGUGUUGUUGUAUUCAUAUUUUAAGAUUAAUGUGCAGUGAUGCCUUCACUCUUGUAAGGGACUUUUUUUAGAACAGUCAACAACCCCGCGAUCGAGCAGGGGGAAUUUGCGAGAAUUCAUGGAAGAAAUUUCCGGGUAUGAUCAUGUAUCGACGAUCGCCUACGAGUCGGUCAUAUUUAUAUAGGAUUAUGGCAUUUAUUAAGCAAACAUUUCAUUAACUGGUGUAGCUUACCUUAAAAAGUGAUCUGAUGUUGUACAGAACUCUCUGCCAAGUUAAACCUAUAUACUGUAUAGUAUUAUAGUUAGGUCAUGCUCAGCUAGUACAUGUUCAAUUCUUAGUGAUUGUUGACUACCGUCACUUGUGUAAAAACUGACUCCCGAAGUCAACUGUUCUUGAGCAAUGCCGGGGGGGUAUCUUAAUUAAAGUGAUCUGAUCUCUGGGUGUUGUAUAUAGUCAUACAGCACUGUUGAGAUCAUGCAGAGGUAGCUAGUACAUUAUAUCUCUUGGCCUUGUCCAUAGAAAACGCCACGUAUGUUUAUUAUUGUAACGUAAAUUUACGAAUGAGGCAGUUUAGUUCUUGAAGGGAAUUUCUCUUUGUCUUUUAUAAUUAGUUCCAUUCAAGAAAUCACAACUGAGACAAAGAGAAAUUUCGCUCCGCGUGGAAAAUUCCGCCGCCUAGAUGAAAACGGCCUUUAUUAUAGGGUGACCUCACGUUGCAUACAAUGCAUGCAGUGACUAGUUGCUGAGCAGCCUGAGCUAAAGAUAGUUAACGAGCUAUAGUCAAAGUGAUCUGAUGUUUGCAAAACCUAUUUUAAACAUGCAAAGAUGCGAUACAUGCUUUUGAAUGUGGGCUGUCUUGAAUUUUGUUAUCUUGUUUAAGUAGCUCGAAUCUUGAGUUCACAAGGAAGGCAUAAUAUUCGGAGUGCAUGCGUUUCAUUUUAUAUUUUGCGAAAUCAGUUGUCUGCUGUACAGAACUCACUGCUGAGUUAAGCAUGGUUAUAGACCAUACAGAGAUAGUACAUGUUCUUGAAUGUGAGAUACCUUUAAAGUGAUCUUAUCUUGUACAGAACUCAUUGCUGAGCGGUUAAGCAUGGUUAGAUCAUACAGAGGUAGUACAUGUUCUUGAAUGUGGGCUACCCGAAAAUGAUCUGAUGAUGUACAGAACUCACUGCUGAGUUAAGCAUGGUUAUAUAGAGGGCCCAUAGAUCGUGCCCAAGUUAAUCAGAUGUUUUAUACUGAAAAUCACUGCUAAGUUAAUCAGUACUAAAGAUGGUUAGAUUAUCAGACUCAGUACACAUACUAAAACUACUCUUAUUUCUUGCAGAUUUUCUCGUGCGAAUACAAUGACAAAGUCAGAAAUGCAAUGGGAAGACAAUCUGGACGCCGAGCGAGCGAGCACCAUCGCGAGAAGAUUCGCGAUCGAAGACUUAGCCUUAAAAUAUCGUACGUCUUUAAAAACUGCUGAACAAUUACUCGCCACGGGCAUGGUCGUUGAACGACAGACGCGAGCCAAGAGUCCAAAAUCCCCGGAUGUCAUCGAGAUCGAUGCGACGGAAGAGAUAAAAGUAGAGGUCACCCAAGAAGAUAUGGAAGUGGACGUCGAAGGGGUUCAAUCCAGGCAGGAGCUUUUCCGUGAGAAAAGUUUAAAACAAGAACCAUCACAUUUUCAAACUAGCACUAGAAGUCCACCUUUCCAGCAACCUGACACCUCCCCACGUUCAAGACAAGCGUUCGUGUGCGCCGCCAGAGCCAGAUCAACCAAUAACGUCUCGCCAUUCCAACGACAUACCUAUCCCGAACCGCGAUUCUCAACCCACACCUGGCCAUAUCGUGUAACGUACCCGCGCAUCACCAAAAACGGGAUUCUUUCUCGCAAUUAUCCAUUCCUGUACACGAUUGCUGGGUCAAAAACCCAACCAAGAUACGUGCCCAUCGACCUGCUAAGAAACCGCUUCCGUUGGGCACAAAGAGCUAGUCAGGAAUUUAGACCCCGGGUUUUUAACACGCCGGACGAAAGACAUCGGGUACCUGCACCCACGGAACAAAGACCGCGGGGAUUUACACCACCGGAAGAAAGUCCCCGGGCAUUUGCAUUCACGGAAGAAAGACCCAAGACAUUUGCACCCCCGGAAGAAAGACCCCGUGUGCGGACCUUUGAAGAAGAAAAGGCGCGAUUGUUAUACGAGAAAAGACCCCGAGUCUUCACCUUCGAGGGAGCACAGCCCCGGCUACACGAAAAACGACCACGUAGCUACGAGGGGAAUUUCGAAACAGAACACUCAAACACAGUGAAGCCACGUCGCCAUAGUGACGAUGCUGUGACUAAUUCCAAUCGCCCCAGCGUACUUGUGAUGCAAAGACCGCUCAGUAACCCCUCAACCCCUUCCAAAGAGCAUAGAGACGAGUCAAAUUACGAACAAUGUACAUGCAAUGAUGAGCAUCACGAUUCAGAUUCCUCGAGUACGCCACCAUUAGCUCAAGAAGGAUCAUCGUCCAGUGGCGAAAGCAACAAAGGUAAGAUCAGUGGGAAGUUUGAUUAUUUGAUUAUUAACGUUUCUUAAACUGAUAUGGCAGCUAACAACGGCAAAGGCAGAAAGCAUUCAGUAAGAAUUCAGCUAUGCCGUAUAGAUAAAGUUAGUUUAGUUUAGGUUUCUCUUGCAGUAACACUGGAUCAAUAAGAGAUGAUUCUUAAUGGAUUUCUAGGCAGAACAGUUUAGAACUGAUAGAGCUAUCCAGUAUAGAUAAAGUUAGUUUAGUUUAGGUUUCCUCCUGUAGUAACACUGGGUCAAUAAGAGAUAUCCUUACUGGACCUCUAGGAAGAACAGUUUAUAACUGAUAGAGCUAUCCAGUAUAAAUAAAGUUAGUUUAGUUUAGGUUUCUUCCUGUAGUAACACUGGAUCAAUAAGAGAUGACUCUUACUGGACUUCUAGGGAAGAACAGUUUAGAACUGAUAGAGAUAUCCAGUAUAAAUAAAGUUAGUUUAGUUUAAGUUUCUCUUGAAGUAACACUGGAUUAGCCUGUGUACAGUAACGGCUGUACACAGGCUACACUGGAUCAAUAAGAGAUGAUUCUUACUGGACUUCUAGGAAGAACAGUUCAGAACUGUUAUAACCUGACUGGAUGACCAAAUUUAGAACUGACAGAACUAUAUCUUGUAAAUUUAAAUUUCUAGUUAAAUUUCCGAAAGCCACAUGUACUAAUCAGCGUCUUUUUAUUUCCCUUUCAGAAGACAAACCUCACAAAUGUCAAAUUUGUGGCCGAGCCUUCCGAAAACACAGCGCCCUCGUCAUUCAUCACAGAGUGCACAGCGGCGAGAAGCCUUACCGCUGUCCAGAAUGCUCGAAGAACUUCUCAAUAUCCGGGAAUCUACGACGUCACUUCCUCAUACACACGGGCGAACGGCCUUACGUUUGUCCAGAUUGUUCGCGGGCAUUUAACAACCCCAGUCACCUGACCAGACACAGGAGGAAACUACAUAACACAAAUAAUGCGAAGCAGACAGAAAAUUGAACAAUACAUUUUUGAACAAUUGAAAGACAGUCGUAAAACAUUCGGGAAAAGUUCGGUGAAGAAUCGUUAUUGAUAUAAUGGUAUCGGAAAACAGUCGGUGAGGAAUCGGGAAGCGUCGUAAGAGAUCGGAAAUAAUCCGAAAAUAGUCGUGAAGAGUUUGGAAACAAAAAAUCGGAAACAACUCGAGGAGUAAUCGUGGAUAGAUCAUGAAACAACCAUAAACAUAGCGACAAUGCAUAACCUUUUUUAUGCAAUUAUAAAAAUGAACUCAUGUAAACAUCGUGAAAUUAUAGACGCAUGGAUUUAUCCAUCAUAGAUACGUUUGUUUAUAACACAAGACAAUUCAUAUUAAUUUAUAAAUACCAUGGAGAGAAAGUAAUUAAUAUUACCAAUUGCAACAAAUAUGUUAAUUUAUAAUUAGUUAAGUUGUAAUUAGUUAAGCUGUACAUAAAUAUAUGAAAAAACAUUGAAACAUCCAACUACCCGGUGUCCAAAAAAAACUGGACACUGCUUGAUUUCAUGUAAUGUAAAACUAGCUAUCCCAAUGAAAUAACGAUAUAUAGCACUUGAAUUUACAUGCAAUAUUGAGCAAGAUACAACCAAAAUAGAAAUAUUUAUUAGUUAAUUAAAAGGUAAUUAUAAGGUUGUUUUAUGCAAAUUUGUGACAUUUUCAAAAACAGUAGUUCAACGUUCAAACACAAUAGCGCAUUCAAUUUUGCAUGUAAAUUCAAGUGCUAUAUAUCGAAAUCUAAGUUAAUCCAUUCUGAAUGCAAUGAUCUUUAUUUCAAUGCGAUGUUUUUGCCUUUACGUUCACAUGAAAUCAAACAGCGUGGGACACCCGGUAGUGUCCCGUCCGCGUGCAACGCGGACAGCAUUAAUCCUUACGUAGUAAAUGAUUAGUAACGUGUUAAUUUAUUUUAAUAAAAAAUUUCAAUUUGAUAUAUUCGCCCAACUGUGUUCUUUUACACCGCACGAAGUCAAUAACCAAGAGCCGAUUGUCAAAAGCUGUUAACCCCCAGGUUAACGAAAAAGUGAGGGGAAAACUUCAAAACAAACUUCCACAACAGCUUGUUUUUCCAAGAAAUCUUUU